AAAAUUACGGGUUUUCUCCCUAUAUAUUAUUUCCUCGUGGUCCAGCUACACUUAAACAAGGCAAGUUCUUAGAUGAGAGAGAGAGAGAGGGAGGGAGAGAGAUGGAAUAUGAUGGGCAUGGUUUCUUGGAGGAGUUAGUAGCAACAACCAUACCAAUUGAAAUGAAUGAUUUCGACACUAAUAAAUGGAGUUUUGGUGGUUUUGAUGAGAGCACAUUUCAUGUACCUUCUUCAAAUUUCCCUCUCGAACCACUCGAUCAAAGCCUAAACUGCUCAAUCAACGAGUUCUACUUCCCAUUUGGAGGAGACCCCUUUCAGUUCUCUGCUCCAGGGGUCACCGAUACGCCGCCGUUUCCCACCCCAGAUGACUGCUCAAUGUCAAUGGUGGAGAACGAGGAGAAGCCCCAAAUGGGAAAUGGAGUCCAAAUGACGUUGGAGUUUCAGAGUCCUAAUAAUUGCAAAUUGGAGCGAAUCCAGUCGAGCGAAGUGCCGGUUUUCGGAGCAGAGAGGAAGAACAGAGUGAAGAAGGUGGAUGGGCAGCCGUCGAAGAAUCUAAUGGCGGAGAGGCGGCGGAGGAAGCGGCUGAAUGACCGGCUAUCUAUGCUCCGGUCAGUUGUUCCAAAAAUAAGCAAGAUGGACAGGACAUCUAUACUUGGAGACACAAUAGAUUACAUGAAAGAGCUCCUUGACAGAAUCAACAAUUUGCAAGAGGAAAUCCAGGAAGUGGAUACUUCAAAUCAGUUCAACUUAAUGAGCAUUUUCAAGGAUGUGAAGCCUAAUGAAGUCCUAAUUAGAAAUUCACCCAAGUUUGAUGUGGAAAGGAGAAAUAUGGAUACCCGGAUUGAGAUAUCUUGUGUUGGGAAACCUGGAUUGCUCCUAUCAACUGUGUCUACUUUAGAAGCAUUAGGCCUUGAGAUUCAACAAUGUGUGAUUAGCUGUUUCAAUGAGUUUGCAAUGCAGGCCACUUGCUCCGAGGAAUUGGAGCAGAGGGCAAUUUUAAGUUCAGAGGACAUAAAGGAGGCAUUAUUUAGAAAUGCAGGAUAUGGAGGAAGGUGUCUUUAGAGUUGCAAAUUGGAUAGGAUGAUGAUAAAUGGAUAAUGGAAAAGCGUGUGGUGGAAUCACAUGUAUGGGGUUGGAUUCUGUCUGGGUCUCUUGUAGUUUUAGGAGAGCUUUGCCUAAUAAAAUAAAGUAUCAAAGCCAUUUCAAGAAACUGUUUUAUGUAAUGUGACAUUAAUGUGCACUUGCUUUCUAGUGCAAUGUUUCUUUGUUUCUA